UCCAUGUUAUAUUGCCGCUAUAAAAUGUGUUCACUGAGUAGUUUCUAGUCAAAAGUAUUAUAAAAGGAAUAUAAGAAUGUAAGUACAUACAAAAGGAUGUACGUAUGGAUAAUGUAAUCAAUUCAGAAUAUUUUUAUUUUCAUAUGCUUGGUUUAUGUAUUUAUCUAAUGUAUAUAACAUAACAUAACCUAUACUAUACAUAACUAACCUAACCUAUACAUUAUAUCCUCUGUAUUAAUAUAUCUCAUAAUCUCACGAUUAAAAAUUUUAUUUUAGAACUAACAAGAUGCCGAAGAGAAAAUGUAACUUUAGUGAAGAAUUAAAAAAGAAAUACCCAUUUAUGAAACGUGGACGUUUUGAUUGGAAAGUAGUUUGUACCUUAUGCUCAUCAACCAUUUCAGUCGCACAUAAAGGUUCACAUGAUAUUGCCGAACAUUUAGGUACACAAAAACAUAAAAAGUGGGAGCUAAGUCAAGCUAGUACUAUUCACGCAGUUGAAGGAACUCUUGUAUAUCACACAAUAUAUCAUCAUAUUUCUUUUCUUUCUCUCGAUUGUACUAUGAGUUUAAAUAAAUUACUUUUUCAAGAUUCUGAUGUUGCUAAAACCGCUACUUCUAAUAGAACUAAAGCCAUUGCUAUAGUUAAAAAUAUAUUAUCUCCACUAUUAAUAUCUAAAACAAUGAAAGAAAUUGAAGACAUAUAUUUUAUAAGUGUUUCAUGUGAUACUAGUAAUCACGGAGCUAUAAAAUUAUUGCCUAUUCUUAUUCAAUACUAUGAAGUUAAUCAUAGUGAUUAAAACAAAAAUUCUAGAAAUUUUGACUAUUAAAGAAGAAACUUCUGACACAAUAUCUGAUAUGAUUUUAACCAAAUUAAUAAAAAAACAUUUUUUGUUGGCAAAAUGUGUUGCUUUCAGUGGCGAUAACUGCAAUAAUUUUGGUGGUAAAGAUAGAAAAGAGCAAAACAAUGUUUAUGCCAAGUUAAAGAGCAGGCUGCAGAAACAAAUAAUUGGUAUUGGCUGUCCAGCUCAUAUUAUCAUAAUACGGUUCAUAAAGGUUGUGAUAAUUUUUCUAUUGACAUAGAAUCAAUUAUUAUGAAAAUUUUUAAUCAUUUCUCAGUGUUUACUGUAAGAACAGAAGCUUUGAAAGAUUUUUGCGAACAAUCUGAAAUCGAAUAUUCCAAACUUUUAUAUCACUCGAAGACAAAAUGGUUAAGUUUAUAUCCUGCUAUUGAAGGUUUAUUAAAAUUAUAUGAACCGUUAAAAAAUUAUUUUUUAAGUUUAGAAAAUCCACCAAAGAUUUUAAAAAGUUUUUUCGAAAACGAUUUUAGUGAAACAUAUCUGUUCACUAUCCAUUCAACCAUGAACCUAAUGCAUAUAAAUAUUGAAAUAAUUGAAAGAGCCGAUAAUUCCAUUAUUGAAGUAAAAAAAGUUUUAAAAGAAAUUCUUCACAAUUUAGAUGAAAGAAUCACUCAAAAAUUCAUACCAUUAAAAGUAAAAGAAAUUUUAAGUAAAAUUAAAAAUACAGAAAAAGAAUUCUUCCUUGAAGAAAUAAACAGUUUUUAUGUAAUAAUGAAAAAUUACUUAGACUCUUGGAUUAUUUUUCUUGAAGAACUAGAUGUUUUUGAAUGGAUGGAUGUUAAUAAAAUUAAAUUAGCUCAAUGGUCAAAUGUUGAAAGGACACUUGAAUAUUUGCGCUUUUACGACAUAGUGAUCGACGAAGAAAAAUUAUUUAAUGAAUUUCUUUGCUUUCAAAAAUUUGUAAAACAACUGUCUGAUAAAAUUACUGUUAAUUGCAAUAAAUUUUGGUGCAAUUUUUAAAAAAAAUAUGAAAUUGGCAAAAACUGUCACGAACUAAAAAAAAAGCACAAUUCUUUUUCU